AUGAGAGGUGUGAAUGAUACCAUGGUGACGAUUAACGCCGCCGCGUCGGCGAUCCAGUCGGCGGAGAAUAGAGGUGGUCAAUCUUCUUCAGUUCAGAAAAAAAGAUGGGGGAGUUGUUGGAACAUUUCGUGGUGUUUCCGAUCUCAGAAGCCAAGCAAGAGGAUUGGGCAUGCAGUUCUUGUUCCCGAGCCUAAUUCCUCAGGAACCGAGGCUCCAACGACUUCACACAUGUCACAACCGCCUUCCACAGUUCUUCCGUUUAUUGCCCCACCCUCUUCCCCGGCAUCUUUCCUUCAAUCGGAACCACCUUCGGCCACCCAUUCACCUGGCGGCUUCCUCUCCUUCACCUCCGUGUCUGCCAGCAUGUAUUCCCCUGGCGGUCCGGCUAACAUGUUUGCUAUCGGGCCUUACGCCCACGAAACACAGCUGGUGUCACCGCCGGUAUUCUCGACUUACACCACCGAGCCAUCCACCGCUCCUUUUACACCGCCGCCGGAAUCCGUUCAUCUGACGACACCGUCCUCGCCGGAGGUACCAUAUGCUCGGCUUCUGGGAUCUAGUAACCAAAAUGAUGUCAUACCCUAUGAGUUCCAAUCUUAUCAGCUAUACCCCGGAAGCCCGAUGGGCACCUCCUCCCCGUUCCCAGAUGGAGAGUACGCUCGUGGCGGCAACUACCACUUCUGCCACUUCCCCGCCAGCGGAAAGCUCUCACCUUACGGAUCUGGCACUCUGACCCCACCUGAUGGUGUGGGUCCAAGGGCUCGUGAUGGCUUCCUAUUGACCAAUGUGGGACCAGACCAGCAUUUGGUUGAUCAUAGAGUCUCAUUUGAGGUCACCCCGGAAGAAGUUGUCAGAUGUGUCAAAAGGAGACGGGCUGCCCACGUGGCGUACGGCCGCGAAUGCCGUAAAAACGAUGACGUGGCGAAAGGUUAUGAAUGCUGGAAUGGCGACACUUACGUGAAUAAUAGAUCCAUCACUUCACUUGGAUCCGUCAAAGAAUUCAACUUUGACAGCACAGAUGGAGCUGAAUCCGAUUGGUGGGCGAGUGAAAAGAUUCUCGGAAAGGAGAACGGGUCCAUCAAAGACUGGUCUUUCUUCCCGAUGAUUCAGCCAGGUGUCAGCUAAUGAUUGGAUAUUGUGAAGAACCCGAAGAAAAAAAUCAAGAAAUCAAGAAUCAGAUAGCAGAUAGCCAUUUUUCACUCUGCCUGCAAAGGGGCAUGGAACCUAACACUACCAAUAUAUAUAUAUAUAAGAUAAAAUAAGUUCACAAGGACUUUUUUUGGUUUAGCGGGUAGUGGGAAAACUCGGCUCCGGUUCAAGAUUCAAACCUGCGAGCUGGGAAAUUUCUGUUGUAAGCUCUUCGAGCAUGGAUUGACCCUUUACAGCGAGUUUAGUCAUAUGAACACAACGAUAGCGAGAAAAAACAUGUUUUCCUUCUUUUAAUGAUGUUUUUAUGUUUAGAUGGUAGUACUUUUGAUGCACUGUAUACAAGUGUAUAUUGAUCAUAUGACAGCAAGAAAUUUGGGGAAAUGAUCAACAAGUUGCGUAUGCCUUCUUUGUUUAGUCAUAUAAACACACC